CUGGCCGACCCACACCUGCCCGACCCGGUGUCCGCCCUUUGCCUGCCCGCUCCGCCGCCGGUCUGCCCCAGGACCUGUCGCCCGGCCCUGCGUUCAGUGGGUAGGAGGCUUCCCGGGUCGCCCGGGCACUGCCGCCAACGGCCAGGAGGACGGGAAGCAGCACCCGGAAGAUGCGGCCCCGGGCUACCUGCACCUUGAAAGUCCUCUUCUUCAUAUUGGCGUCCGUGUGUGCCUGGUACUCCGGGUACCUGCUGGCAGAGCUCAUUCCAGACGUACCCCUGUCCAGUGCUGCCGACAGCAUCCGGAGCUUUGGUGACAGGCUUGUCCUCACAGCCCCAACCCCCAAAAGGCAAAAAUGUGACCACUGGACCUCGUGCCCCCCAAACACCUAUGCCUACCGGUUGCUCAGCGGGGGUGGCAGGAACAAGUAUGCCAAAAUAUGCUUUGAAGACAAGCUGAUCAUAGGAGAAAAGACUGGAAAUGUUGGGAGAGGAAUAAAUAUUGCCAUUGUCAAUUAUACAACUGGGAAAGUGAUAGCAACACAGUAUUUUGAUAUGUAUGGCGGUGAUAACUCUGGACCGAUGACAAAGUUCAUUGAGGGCGCUCCUGCGAAGUCCCUGCUCUUCAUGGUGACCCACGAUGAUGGCAGCAGCCGGCUGAACGACGACGCCAAGAAAGCCAUAGCAGCACUUGGGAGUAAAGAAAUCAGGAACAUGAAAUUCAGGUCGAGCUGGGUGUUUCUUACAGCAAAAGGCUUUGAACUUCCUGCAGGAAUUCAGAGAGAAAAGAUCAACCACUCCGAUAACGCGAAGAACAGGUACUCGGGGUGGCCUGCAGAGAUACAGAUAGAGGGCUGCGUACCCAGAGAAGCAAGCUGACGUGGUGUGGCUUUAAUAAAGGUGGUGUUUCUAUAAACAAAUGCAUCAUGGGACGACCCAUGCUUCUUAUCCAACAGUUAAUAUUUGAUUUGGGGGGGUUGAUGUCA